AUGGAAGAACCAGAGGACAACAUGGUCCAAGUUCGCAAAUCGCAUAAAGUGGAGCAAAUGGUAUCAAAGUGGCUUUGCCUUACACGAGAUAGCUCACAGAGGAAUCAAGCUACUGCUGAUGAAACGCCUACCAACAGCAACCAACUAAAUAUCCCGUUAAAAGUAACAGUGAAGAUUGACAAAGAUCCCCUCCUGGAUUAUGGAUUUCUCCUAUCAAAAGGCACGCCGAUAUGUGUGAACUCUGUCACUGCAGGUGGACCAGGAGAAGGAAAACUGUUUGCCGGAGAACAGGUUAUACAGAUUAACAAUAUACCUCUAGAUUCUAUUUCCCAGGAACAUAUAGAUAAUAUUAUCAGGGAAUGUGGUAACUCAAUUACAGUCACCGUACUCCGAAAUAACUCAGGGCCCAAGUCAUCGUUUAUCACUGAUGAGAAACGAGCCAGGCUGAAAAGCAACCCAGUCAAAGUACGUUUUGCUGAGGAAGUGAUUGUCAAUGGCCACACACAGGGUAACUCACUUCUGUUUAUGCCUAAUGUUCUCAAAGUAUAUUUGGAAAAUGGACAAACUAAAGCCUUUAGAUAUGAUAAAAAUACAACUGUGAAGGAUAUCAUCCUGACCUUGAAAUCAAAGUUGUCAAUCUGCUGCAUUGAAUACUUUGCACUAGCUUUGAAGGAGCGGUACAGUGUUACUAAAGUUUACCUUUUACACGACGAUGAGCUCAUUGAACAGGUUGUACAGAAACGUGAACCCCGUGAUUAUAAGUGUCUCUUCAGAGUGUGUUUCCUGCCUAGAGAUCCCCUUGUAGUUUUACAAGAUGAUCCAGUUACCUUUGAUUACCUCUACUUGCAGAGCUGCAAUGACGUGCUGCAGGAGAGGUUUGCUGUGGAGAUGAAAUGCAGCACUGCAAUCCGGCUGGCAGCACUGCAGAUUCAGGAAUGUAUCCUCAGCUCCAAGCAGUCCCAGAAAAUCUCCAUCAAGUACAUUGAGAAGGAUUGGGGAAUUGAGAGUUUUGUCUCACCAACUAUACUUCAGAACAUGAAGGAAAAGGAUGUUCGAAAGGCAAUCAAUUAUCACUUGAAGAACAACCAAAGCUCGAUUCCACCAGGACAAAAGCAUUUGAUAUCACCAACUCAGCUCCGACUGAACUAUCUGAACAUACUGAGUAACCUUCGAACUUAUGGAGGGAAAACCUUUCAUGCAACACUGAUGUUGCAGGACAGAGAAUCAUUUAUUACUUUGCUGGUAGGAGCCAAGUAUGGUAUCAGCCAGAUAAUUAACAGCAAGCUCAACAUUAUGAACCAGUUAACAAACUUCAACAAUAUUAGGAAGCUGGAACUGACCUUUGAAUGUGACAAGAUCAGCAUGGUGAACAUCUACCUAGAGGAUAUGAAGUCCUUGUCGUUGUUAAUGGAAGCUCACCAUGCUAAGGACCUUGUGUGUUCCAUCGCUGGGUAUUAUAAGCUCUAUGUGAAUUCCAGAGGCUCCAUUUUUACCUGGCCUGGCAAUGAUCAAACUCAGCCUCUUAACACAGAGGAAGGUGAUGAGACCCGUGGGCUAAGUGACUCAGAGUCAUUGUCAGAUAUGGACUCAUCGGUAGACAUGUCUGUCCAUAAACUGAGAAAUGGGUUCGUCCAGCCACUGACUGAGACAGAUGAAGAUGACAAGAACUCUGAAAAUGAGGCCACAGACAGUGACUACAUGCAGGAGGAUAUCCUGGAAGAGACCAGUUGCAGUACAGGAGAUGUAUCAGACUUUAAUGACGAAAUAAGUCAGGGAGGUGACACUUGUGAAAGAAGCUGUUCUGCUGACUCACUGGAAGAACUACAGAUGGAGACUUCAAUGAGCAGCCUGUCAGGCCUACAUUCAUAUGAUGACUCCUCCGAAGAGGAUGACAAAAAUUCUGCCGCUGGGGAGAGUGGAAGUGAGCAGGCUACAAGCAAGCGAACAAUGGAAUCUGAAAUCAGGGUUCCAACAGAAUCACCAAUCUCCACCCAGACCUUCUCAGAGUACAACAACAGUGCUAUGAAGGAACUGGUGACUUGCCGCUCGUCUGACCUCAGUCUAGGCACGGAUCACCCUGCUGCAGAAACCUGGAAGCAGCAUGCCGAAGUUGCGGAUGGGAGUGAUACACAAGGGAGCAUAGCUUGUGCUUUGACCCAGUACAAUAUGGUGACCAAGUUACCACCCAUUCCUUCCCCAGUGGAGUCAACUGAUGAUGGGGAUGCAUUUGAUUUGGAGUCCGCCUUCAUGAAGAGGAUUGAAGAGAGAUGGAAUGUGCAGACAAGCCCAAGUCGUUAUGAGACUACAGUGGAUACCCAGCCUGUGAAGAGCGGUAAAGAUCGAAGUGAAGAAGCAAAACCUGCAAUAAAUGCAAAAGAACGCUUUACACCCCAGAAUGCUUUUGUUGUAAAACCUUAUCUAUCCCACUGUUAUUCAAAGAAAGCUGAAGAUUACAAGUAUUGUUAUGACAGGAAAAAUCUUGUAUCAAGUAAACAACAAUUGCCAACUUUCUCUUCUGUGGCUAGUAGUGAGACUGAAUCUGCCUUACUGGAACUUGAGCUAAUCAGUCCAUUAAAGUCUAUCUCUGUCUGCAUCAAUAAAAAGGCUGCACCUAGCUUAAUGGAAAUGGAGCCUGAUACGAUGGAAAUCAAAUCAGUUACAGAAGCAAUAACCGUUAUUACUCCAGUUUCAGCUAUGCGCUUUCCAUGUGAUUCGGGCUCUAAAAUGGGCAAUGCCCCAACAAUAGAUGGCUCGGAACAAGAUGAAAGCAUAAGUAAAUCUUUUAUUGAUGUGAAGCCUCCCAGAACAGCUUGUUCCAAGACUGAAAGAAGUUCCAGUCCUUCAGAAGUAAUUCUGGAGCUUGGGCAAUUGUGCUUAGAGAACCCAAUAGAAGAUAAAGCACGUUCUGUUCCCACUAUAUACUGUACUGAUGAACAACAAACCCUGAACACAAUUAGUGUGACAGGCAAAGACCAAAAUGAUGUAAUUAUUGAAAGUAGUACAGGACGAGAACAGGGAAAUGAUAAGUGUGGUCCAUGGGCAGAUUUCAAUCAAAGUGAAACUGCACUUAGACAAAUGUCAUGUCAAGAUGAUCUCAGAGAGAAUACAUGCACUUUCAAAGUAGAAUCUGACAAUUGUGGCCUAGCUAAAGCACGUUACCAACAAAGCAACGGCAGUGCAGCUGUGCAAAGACAUUUGUUGACGACCAAUGGGGAUCAAGGUCUCCCACAAAUGUCAGUAUUGCAAGGGGAAAUAUCUGACAGAAGAAAUUCCUCUUUGGGAGACAAUGAAAACAAAAGUGUUUGUCCUCUUGACAUGAACAGAUUGGUUUUGGAUUUAAACCACAUGUCCUUUGGCACAGUCAAACAUUUCUCAUCCCCAACCUCGGAACCAAAGAUGGAAGUUUUCUCAGUGAGGUCCCAGAACAUUUCUAACCUUCACACAGGACAUGGGAAAGGCAAACAAUCAAAGGUAGAGCCAAAUUCCAACCAUGACGAGUAUCUUGUGCCUCCCAUACAAAUAAAUGUAGAUAAUUUCAGUGCACCAAUUCCUUGCCUAGGGAAUAAAGAUACUUCACACAAAAUAUCUUCAGAAACAACUAAAUCAAAGCCACUCUAUGAACUAGAAUUCACAGUGACUCAAAAGACUUCAGCAGUGCAAAGUGUGUGUUCAUCUGUCAAAUUCAACAAUCUCAAUGGGCAAGAAGAAGAGGGGUUAGGUUUUAAUGUUGACUCAGAAAAUUUGGCUAUUCUUAUAACUGAUACAAAUAAACAGCUUUCAACAGGUGGAAAGGAAGCUUGUAGCUGCCAGAUGGUAUAUGGGAAUUGUUUCCGAGCUUUGGGCAUUGAUGCUAUUGAUGAACACAAAGGACUAGAAAGUCUCACACGGCCACCUUCACCAAAGACCACUCCACCUGUUUCAGGAAGCCCCUUGCCUCAAGGCCUCGCUACGUUUAAUAAACAGGGUGAAGAAACUGUGGCUGCCAAGUGUUAUUUUGGUAUUCUUGAUGCCGUAAAGGAUGGAAAUCUAGUCCUACCACUGUUCAAGGAUAAAAGGUACAACAUGCCAAAUGGAUUUAGGUUGGUGCAAAACGACAUUGCAGAGCUACUCAAUAUACUGAAGGAGUGUCCCAGAGAAAGCCAUGCAGAGGAAGAUUGUACAGCACUUACUUCAGUAACCAGGCAAAAACUCGAAAGGGAGUGCAAAAGGUUGAUGUCUGCCUGUCAAAAGAGCGUAAAAGUAAACCAAACUCCUGAUGAAAUGAUCCUUGGGGUUUCAGAAAGUUUCCAAGCCCUCUCUCAGCUCUCUGAGACAUGCUUCCAAUUUACAACAUGCCCGGGUUGUGCUAAGGACCAUGCAGAAGUGGCCAGUACCUUGAGAAAGGUUGUCAUGUCUUACAAGAUCUUUGUGCAAGCCUCUGAGAAUGCAUGUAGCAAAAUGUCAGAUGACUUAGGCAUGAAACUUCUGGCAGAGCAGUGUGCAUCUCUAUUUACAGGGAUUUUCUGUCUGAACCAGUUGUUCACAAGUAAUUCACUGUCACAAUAG